CCGGGAAGGAGCCUGCAAACACCACUGCCCUGCUCCUCCACAGAAGCCCAGCCCCACGCCAGCAUGUGCCACACCAGCUGCCCUUCAGUCUGUCAGCCGGCCUGCUGCACACCCAGCCCCUGCCAGGCAUCCUGCUGUGUGCCAGUGAGCUGCCAGCCUGCCGUGUGCACACCUGUGAGCUGCCAGCCAGCUGUGUGCACACCCGUGAGCUGCCAGCCCUCCGUGUGUGUGGCCCCCACCUGCCAGUACUUCUUGCGUGUGCCUGUGAGGUGCGAGCCGACCGUGCUUGUUUCUGCCCCCUGCCAGUCCUCUGGGUGCUGCCAGCCCUCCGUGUGUGGGGCCCCCUCCUGCCAGUCCUUCGUGCGUGUGCCUGUGAGCUGCGAGCCUGCUGUGCUGGUGUCUGCCCCCUGCCAGUCCUCUGGGUGCUGCCAGCCAUCCUGCCCCACCCUGGCCUGCAGACCCAUCUCCUGCAGCUCCCCUUGCUGCUAUUGACCACGAAUCCCUUCUCAGCUGCUCUCCUUGCUGAUGGGUCCACACCUGUACCCUCCCGGAACGAAUGGGCCUCCAGCUUCUGCACGCGGCAGAUGGAAAGCAUGCUCAGCAACCCCUCUGAACUCCGGGGUGAGGAUGUGGCAGGAUGACCUGCCCGUCCCCUCAGGGAUGCCCUGUCUCCCAGGGUCCUUCUGUGUCCCCAGCAGGAAACCAGCCCCAUUGUGAGCAAAAUAAAUUGUGCUUUCCCAGUGCAGCCUGUCUGUCUAUUUU